UACUACACUCCCGAGCCCUCACCGGGCGAGCACAGCACGGAUGGCAGAGGACUCGCUCCAGACCUUGGAGCCUCUGGUCCCUGAAGCUUCAAACCCCAGAAGGAUCUUCCUGGAUGCCAACCUGCGGGAGGGUUACUGCCCCUUGCUGCCACACACCAUGCACUGCCUCCCGCUCUGGCCGGGCAUCUCCCUUGUCCUUCUGACCAGGGGCCCCACCACCCAGGUGGCUGUCACCUUGUACCAGCUGCUGGAUGGUUUCUUGGUAUUGGAGAAGAAGCUGGAAGAGGGGCCGGAGGCGGGAGCCCCACGCUCCUACCCGUUCCUGGCUGAGCUACGGCAGCGCAUGGACAAGUUUGUGAAGAAGCUGAGUGGGCAGGACAUCCAGUUGCAGAAUGCCUGGGUGGACUUCAAGAACAAGAUAUUUUCCCGGAAUGAGCCUGCAAACUCCUUGGAGCUGCUGCAGGCAGUGGCCAGCGUGAAGCGGCAGCUCUGCUCCGUGUACCGCCAGCUCUUCCUGGGCUCCGGCAGCCACAGCCUGUCCCAGGGGCUGCAGGACCGUGCCCAGAAGCUGAUGAGGGAGAAGCUGCUGGACUGGCGGGACUUUCUGCUGGUGAAGAGCAGGCGCAAUAUCACCAUGGUGUCUUACCUGGAGGACUUUCCUGGCCUGGUGCACUUCAUCUAUGUGGACCGCACAGCUGGGCAGAUGAUGGCACCAUCACUCAGUGUGACGGAGAAGUCCACCUCGGAGCUGGGCAAGGGCCCCCUGGCCACCUUCAUCAAGAGGAAGGUCUGGUCCCUGAUCGCCUUGGCCCGGCGAUACCUACAGAAGGGCUACACCACGCUUGUGCUGCAGGAUGGAGACUACUGCUGCUCCUACUUCCUCUGGUUUGAGAACGAGCUGGGCUACAAGCUGGAGGUGAUGGAGGUGCCGGUUCUCUCUGACGACUCUGCUCCCAUCGGGAUGCUGGCAGGAGACUAUUACAGGAAGCUGCUGCGCUACUACAGCAAGAACCACCAGGCAGAGGUGGUGAAGUGCUACGAGCUGCUGACUGUGCACCUGGGCAUCAUCCCCUCCGAGCUGGUGGUCCAACAGGCCUGCGACUUGGCCCGGCGUCUCUGGGAGCCCUCCCGCAUCCCCCUCCUCUGAGCUGCCUUCAGCCACCUCGGGGCUGGGAUUAAAGGGGGUGUGUGGGUGAUCCCAGCAA